GGACGGCGGCCCGGGGGGCCCCCAGGGCCCAGCAUGCAGGGGGGGCCCCGGGGGGCCCCCCGGGGGGCCCCCCGGGGGGCCCCCCUCUAGACCCUGCAGCUGCUUCGGAAGUGCUGCGGCUGCUGCUGCGCAGCGGCGAAGAGCCGCAGCAGCUGCUGCGGCUGUUUCAGCGGGGCCGGCGGCACGCAGCUUUUGCUGCGCUGCAGCAGUGCUUCUCGAGGGAGGCGCAAGGUGCUGCUGCUGCUGCUGCUGCUGCUGCUGCUGCUGCUGCUGCAGCAGCAGACGGUGCAGCAGCAGCAGCAGCAGCAGCAGAAGUGGAUGUUGUGAAGGAAGUGAGCGCAGCAAGUGCCGACCUGGCGCUGGAAGCAGCGUGCAGCCGGGUGUCUGUACACUACGUGGGGCUGGUGGCAGCAGCAGUGAAGGACUUGUUAUUUAUUUUUAAAUUUAUUUCCGUUUUAAAAGAAAAAGAAAAAGAAGAAAGUGAAGAAGCAAAAGACAAGACGGAGGCUGCUGCGCUGCAGCGGGUGCGCGCUGCUGUCGAUACAGCUGAAGCAGCAAACCCCACACUGCCUCCAGAAGCAACUCCAACUAUUAUUUCUUUUAUUUCUGCAUUAUUAGAAGCAGCUUUUUCUCCGCUUUCUGCCAUGAUUGCUUCCACAGUUCCUGCUGCUGCUGCUGUCGUCAGGGGCACUGCUGCUGUUGUGGCGGCCUUCGAGGCCUCCUGGCAGCCGCUGCUGCCGCUGCAGCUGCAGCAGCAAGCAGCAGCAGCAGCAGCAGCAGCGCAGCAAAACAUUCUGCUCGAGGCCGCCGCCCUGGCCUUCAAGCGCGCCUACGCCAAGGUGGCGCAGGAGCUGCACGACUCCACUGCAGCAACGCUGCAGCAGCAGCAGCAGCGCCAGCAGCAGCAGCAGCAGCAGCAGCAGGGAGAGGCCUCCCCCGCAGCUGCUGCGGACUUCUCCCCUGCAGAACUCGAGCUGCUGCUGCGGCAGCAGCACGCAGCAGCACAAGCUGUUGUGGUUGAGGGCUGCGUGGCUUUGACGGACGCGCAGCAGCUGCUGCAGGGGGCCAGCAGCAGCUGGCGGUCAGCUGCAGCAGCAGGCGCAGCAGCAGCAGCAGGCGCAGCAGCAGCAGCAGCAGAGGCUGCUGCGCUGGUGCAGCAGCACAUCACGCCCUGGGUGUGGGGCCUCUUUGAACUUUUUGUCCGCCUCGUGGCCGCUAUGACAAAAGAUGUUCCUGCUGCUUUUAGUGGCUAUUCUGAAGUUCUAGAAGAUGUUCUCCGAGACUUUUCAGAAACUGAAAAGCAGCAAAUUCUUUUAAAUGAAAAAAAUCCGCAGCAGCACUGGCUUCCUGCGCAGGUGGAGGCGACGCUGCGGGCAGCCCUUGCUGCGGACUUGCAUGCGCCUGAAACUUCAGGUGUACGUACACCGCAGCCCCCGCUGGUCCCAGCGCUGCUUCUGGUGUAUCUACACAUCGGCCGCAGUCUGCAGCGAACUGGACUUUCGAAGUUGGAAGCAAUUGGUUCUGAACUGUUCCCUUCUUUGAAGGCUGGCUGGCUGAGCAGCAGCAGACCAGCCCCUGCUGCUGCUGCUGCUGCUGCUGCUGCUGCUGCUGCUGCUGCGCCUGCUGCUGCUGCUGCUGCUGCUGCGCAGGAAAGGCCGCGGGUGCUGCCUGUGGCCCUGCGGCUGCGAGCAGCAACGCAAAGCCUCAUGACAGCUUAUGUGUUUAUCCGGGGGCAAGCAGCAGCAGAAGCAACAGUUUCGCUGCUUGCUGCGCAGCACUUGCUGCGCUGCAGUGGCAGCAGCAACAGCAGCAGCAACGGCAGCAGCAACAGCAGCAGCAAUGGCAAUGAUAGUGGCAGCAACAGUGGCAAUAGUGGCGCUGAAGACUGCAGCAAAAGCAUGCAAUUAGAAGCAGCAGCAAAUGAAAAAGAAGCAAAGUGGGGGCCCCCCGAAAGGGCCUCCGGCUGCUUCCUGCCUCUGAUGAAAGUGCUGCAGCACUGCAGCAGCGAACUGGCGCUGCUGCUGGAGGACGGUGCGCAGCGGCCAGCAGCAGCAGCAGCAGCAGGAGCCGCAGCAGCAGCAGCAGGCGCAGCAGCAGCAGGGGCGCAGGGGGCGGGGGGCGCUGCUGCUGCUGCUGCUGCUGCGCUGCUGCUGCAGCCGCAGCGGCGGCUGCAGCGGCCCCUGGGCCGGAGAAGGUCCCCCAUAGAAAGGGAAAUGGAAAGACUCUUUGCGAGGAAGCAGCGAGUGUUUGCUGCUGCAGCACAGAGCCGCAGCAAAGCUCUGAUGGGAGUCUUUCGAAUUGCUGCUCGUGCUGCUCUGGAAUUCGUGCGCUGCUGCGUCUACAGCGGCCCCGGGGAGCUGCAGCAGCUGCAGCUGGACUGUGCUGCAGCAGCAGCAGCAGUUCGGGUGUACGUACACCCCGAGGACGCUGCUGUCGUCGACGGCUUCUUCGACGAAAUCGCGGCCUGCGCGGCGCUGCGGUGUACAGGCAGCUCCGCGGGGUGUACGUACACCUCGCCGCUGGCGCUGCUGCUGAGCGAAACGGAGCUCGAGGCCCUCUUGGCUCGAGACAAAAACGUUUAUCUUUUUCCGGACUCGCAGCAGUAG